AUGAUCGGCCAGUUGCACGAAGCGGGCGCCGACGUCUUCCGCAUCAAUAUGAGCCAUGCCAGCCACGAUCUGAUGCGCGACCUGGUCAAGCGGGUGCGCGCGGUCGAGGCGCGCAUGGGCCAUCCGAUCGGCAUCCUUGCAGACCUUCAGGGCCCCAAGCUGCGCGUCGGCAAGUUCGCCGAGGGCAAGGUGACGCUGGAGGUCGGCCAGACGUUCACGCUCGACGACCGCGACGAGCCGGGCGAUGAAACGCGGGUCUUCCUGCCGCAUCCGGAAAUCCUCGAAGCGGUGCAGCCCGGCCAUCGCCUUUUGAUCGACGAUGGCCGGCUGCAACUGGCGGCAACGGCGUCCGACGGCAAUUCGAUCACCUGCAAGGUGGUGUCCGGCACGGUGAUCUCCGACCGCAAGGGCGUCAGCCUGCCCGACACGACUUUGGGCGUCGGCGCGUUGACCGACAAGGACCGCGCCGAUCUGGACGAGGUGCUCAAGGAAGACAUUGACUGGGUGGCGCUGUCGUUCAUCCAGCGGCCCGAGGAUCUGGCCGAGGUGCGCAAGAUCGCGCGCGGCAGCGUGGCGCUUUUGUCGAAGAUCGAAAAGCCGCAGGCGGUCGAACGGAUCGACGAGAUCAUCGAACUGUCGGACGCGGUGAUGGUGGCGCGCGGCGAUCUGGGCGUCGAGAUGCCGCUUGAAAGCGUGCCGGGCAUCCAAAAGCAGAUCACCCGCAAGGCGCGGCGCGCCGGCAAGCCGGUGGUGGUCGCAACGCAGAUGCUCGAAUCGAUGAUCGCCGCCCCGGUGCCGACGCGCGCCGAGGUCUCCGACGUUGCGACCGCCGUGUUCGAGGGUGCCGACGCGGUGAUGCUGUCGGCGGAAUCGGCGGCUGGCGACUAUCCGGUCGAGGCGGUGCGGACCAUGUCGUCGAUCGCCAGCCGGAUCGAGCGCGAUCCGACCUAUUCGGGCAUCAUCCACGCGCAGCGCGCCGAACCGGAAGCGACCGGCGCCGACGCAAUUUCCGCCGCAGCGCGGCAGAUCGCCGAGACGCUGCAACUGAGCGCGGUCGUCUGCUACACGGCGUCGGGCACCACCGGGCAGCGCGCCUCGCGCGAGCGUCCGAACGUGCCGAUCAUUGCGCUUUCGCCGGUCGUCGAGACCGCGCGCCGGCUGUCGCUCGCCUGGGGGCUGCAUUGCGUCGUCACCGACAGCGAACCGGCCGAUCUGGACGACAUGGUCGACCGCGCCUGCCGCAUCGCGUUCGCCGAAAAGUUCGCCAAACCCGGCGACCGGAUCAUCAUCACCGCGGGCGUGCCGCUGGGCACGCCGGGCGCGACCAACAUGCUGCGAAUCGCCUAUAUCGGCUCGGACGGGCUGAGCGGGAUUUGA